UCUCCAUACACAGCCAGCUACCUGUAGCAAGGUUGUCCAUCGCAUCUGCCCCCAGUACAAUGUCUGUGCGUAUUUACUCUGCUGGUGGAACUUCUUCCAGACAUGGAGCUGCCUCAGGACCACUUUAUCCAUCUCUGAUCUCCUGGAAGUGACCUUGGGACCACGGGGAUGGAGCCAGGAAGGAGCAGCGAUGACCCUGCGCAAGGUGGUCCAGAGGACAGCGCCCGUCGGUCAUACAGCAAUGCGGUGAUCACGGAGGACAUGGCCAGGGAUGCGCUACAGCGACACGUGUCCUCUAAGUGCUGCAGGAAGAGGUCGGCCGGAGAGGAGCUGGUGAUCAAGGCGAUGACACAGAUGCCCCUGUAUAGGUAUCGGCUGGAGAGCUUCACUGAAACCCGACAUCUGGAAAAGACAUGCAAACCGUAUACCGGACAGAGAAUCGACGGGCCGGACAGAGGGGACCCUCUGCAGCUAUGGGACGUUGUCGUCCAAACUCCAAAAGUGUUUCAUGAAGGUUCAAAGAAAUGUCCUCUUCCUCAUUCCGCAGCGCUAAAGGUGUGUCACAAGUGUCAGGGCCGGAAGCGAUGUAAGUGCACUGGAUGUGGGGGCUCGGGCCAGUUCAGAUGCCGCUGCUCCAGCAGCAGCAGCCGCCAGAGACCCAGAAACAAGAGGUGCCAUGCGUGUUCCGGUAGAGGCCGGAGAAGGUGCAGCAAAUGUUCCGGACGGGGCAGACGAGUGUGCGCCUUGUGCAAAGGCGAGGGCAAACUGCUCCAUUACCAGCAGCUGAACGUCACCUGGAAGACGCUACAGUCCGAGUUCCUCUCUAAACCCCCAGCCCUGGAGCCCAGUUUCCCCCUCAAUCUCCUCCAGAAGGUCACCGGGGAGGUGGUUUUAAAGGAUGACGGGGUGGCGGUUCCCCCUCCAGCCGCACUUGCAGAGUCCCCGGGGACAGCGAACGCCUUUGAAACCGUGUUCCAAGAUCACAGCAAAUCUUGCGGCUCCUCGUGUCACAUCCUGAGGCAGCGUAAGACGGUGGAGGUGAUUCCAGUUGCACACGUUCAGUAUGAGUACAGGGGACAGAGCCUCUCAUCCCAUGUGUAUGGCCGGGAGCGCCGAGUAUACGCUGAUCCGCAUCCUCCGAGUCUCUGCUGCAGCUGCUCAGUCAUGUAAGAGGCUCCGGCUCAGGGGCUCAUAUACUAGAAGCCAAUACUCCGCAUGCAGCCAAUAGUGCUUUACACCCGGGGUUCCGCUGUCCUGCAGGCUGCGGGGUUCCACUGUCCUGCAGGCUGCGGGGUUCCACUGGCUUGCAGAUACAGCUUUUUCGUUAUAAUAAUUACUUGCAAUGCAGUGUGAACACUCCGCUAUUUAAUACCACAUUCACCUGGGUUACUAUGCCAAAUAUAAGUAUUAUUAUGCACAAUUGUAAGGAUAAACUGGCCUACAGGGCAGAUAGCACAUGCACCCCGCAGCAGCAGUGUCAUCCAUAAGAUGCGUCUACCUGUAGGCGAUCAGGCCGGACAAUGAAAAUAAUGACGGACCUAUUGUGCCUUUGGGCCUGGAUCUUACAUCAGCAUCCUUACUAACUCGGCUCUGCCUGUGCAAGUUCUGUAUGUUUUCCAAACCUCUCCUUAUUAAUGACAUUUGUUGGGGGGGAGGGGGGGG